CACGUAGCAGGAUGUGCGUAUGCGCGCGCGCACAAUCCACGGCAGUAACAUUGGCAUCGGCCACAACGCCAACAACUGCGGCAGCAUUUGCCUGGUUAUGGAAUGCACGGUUGUGCAGUGGUACACACGAACGUUGGUUUGUGUCCGAGGCAAACAGCCCACACCCACGGGGUUACGUGGGUGGUGUGGUCACAGCGCAGCCUGAACGGUUCAAACUUAAAGGCAACUGCAUUAGUGCAACCGCAUUGUACGUUGGAUUACGUAGCGCGAACGUGGUCUAUCACAGGAAGCGAGGUUGCUUCAGCCACCCCUUCGAUCAUUUCAAGUAA